AGUUGAAGAGUGUAGGUGCACCUUCCAAUGUCGAUCUCUCAACACACUCCAAUAUGAGCAAGUAGCAACCACCCUUACCAACAAAGCGUUAGUACGUACUACCACCUGUCCCAUGACCCCUGACCUAAAGACAGCAACGCGCAUUACAUAUCCUCCUCUCCCGAUCAACACCAGACUUGGAUCUUCUUGCAGGUAGCUAGCUAGCUGCUGCGUUUAAUUUGUGAAUCAUGAGCUACCUCCUCUCCUACAUCUCCAAGAUGCUGUGCAUCAAGAUACCGCCGUCGGAAGCGAAGCAGCUGGAUGUCGACGGCGCUCCGACGGAGUGCUGCGUGUGCCUGUCGAGGAUCCGCGCCGGCGAAGCCACGCGGCGGCUGCCGUGCCGGCACGCGUUCCACCGGGACUGCGUCGACCGGUGGCUUGCCCUCUGCAAGCGGACGUGCCCGCUCUGCCGCGUCUACGUCGUCGACGCUAACAGCAGGCAAGCGGCGGCGGCCAAGCACAGCGGCGAGCCCCUCGCUGACGACCUCGUCAUCUGGUUCUCUACCAUGCUCGUUCCAGGAUUUUAGCAGCUGAUAGGUGAACCGUACGUGUCUUUUUCUUCGUUCCGCAUGUACGUAGGCAUCGUGUUGGCGAACUUGCUGGUUUUGUAUUGAAAGUUUAUUCGCCUGCGGCGGUGACUGUGUAAAUAAGGAAUUUGAUCUUGAUAUGCGACUGUUUUUCCAUCGAGAAGGAAGUUCUAACCUUUGUUUAA